AUGUCUUUCGAUCAGGAAAAGUCCUUCGACCAGGAAAAGUCCUUCGCGGUUGAGCACCACGAGCAUGCUGGACGUAGAAAGAGUGUAUCUGAAGAAGCCACCGAACUCAGCGGCAUCGAGGCCACCGCUGCCUCCAAGGCGGCUUGGCUGAUCUCCAUCACUGUCUCGAUCGGAGGCUUUCUGUUUGGCUAUGACACUGGCUAUAUAUCAUCUGUCCUCGUCACACUCGGAACAUCCCUCGGCCACGCUCUCAGCUCGAGCGAGCAAGAACUUGUCACCUCGUUGACAAGCGGUGGAGCUCUGGUUGGAGCUGUCGGCGCUGGGCUUACUGCCGAUCGCUUCGGUCGAAAGAUGCCAAUCUGGGCCGCAUGCGUUGUCUUCGUUGUCGGCACUGUGCUGCAGACGGCGGCUUACUCCGUGGCCCAGUUUGCUGUCGGUCGCUUCAUCGUCGGUCUUGGUGUUGGAUCAGCUGCGAUGGUGGUACCUCUUUACAUCGGUGAACUGGCGCCUGCCAAGUAUCGUGGUCGAAUGAUCGCUUUCAACAACAUGAGCGUCACCUUUGGCCAGCUGAUCGCCAGUGCCAUCGGUGCUGGCUUUGCGCAGGUGAAAGGAGAAGGAUGGCGUGCAACUGUUGGCAUCGGAGCGGCGCCAGCUAUCGCUCUUGCCGGUCUGCUCCUCUUGUGUCCAGAGUCUCCGAGACAACUGGUAGCCCACGGCCAAUACGACCGAGCGGACGCUGUCUUGCAUCGACUCUACUUGACCUCUACCCCAGAACAGCGCCAGGCCAAAAUCAAGUCAAUCGAGCUAUCCAUCCACGAGGCCACUCAGACAAUGAGCGACGAAUCACUGUGGACUGCCUUCCGUCGCAUCUUCACUACGCCAGCCACCGCUCGCGCCGUCCUCACUGCUUGUGUUGUGAUGGCUAUCUCUCAACUUGGCGGCUUCAACACCCUCAUGUACUAUUCUGCGACCCUCUUUGCCCUCGUUGGAUUCUCUAACGCCACGGCGGUAGCCAUCACAGUUUCGGGUACCAACUUCAUCUUCUCAAUCGUGAACUUAUUCCUCGUUGAUAAGUUCGGCCGCCGCAUUCUUCUUGCUGUCACUGUCCUUGGAAUGGCGAUUUGCAUGCUUGUCGCAUCAGUUGCAUUUAAGUGGAUCCCCGUCAACCAUGAUCUGGAGCUUGAGUCCGGAGCAGUCGGCUGGGCGGGUAUUUUGGUGCUGGUCGCUAUCAUCUUCUAUGUUGCAUUCUUCUCGUCCGGUGUUGCAACAAUAGGCUGGAUUGGCACCGAGUUGAUUCCCCUAGAGGUUCGAGCUAUCGGAACAAUGCUGAACACUGUCACCUGCUGGAGCACGAAUAUCAUCAUCGCCUCGACCUUCCUAUCCAUGAUGAAAGGAAUGACGCCUAGCGGCGCCUUUGGGUUCUACUGUGGCAUUUGCUUUCUUGGCUGGCUCUUCGUUAUCUUCUGCUACCCCGAGUGUAAGGGAAUGCCGCUCGAGGCCAUUAGGGAGGUUUUCAGCAGAGGCUUUGGCGUCAAAUUCUCCAAGCAAUGGCAGAGAGAGAACAAGCAUAUGGCUAAGGUCACGACUCAAGCCUUCGGACAUUAG